AUGGAACUUUUCUCUCGACUUCAGGUUAACAUUCCGUUCGGUGAAGCUCUUAAUCAAAUGCUAUUAUAUGCUAAAUUCAUGAAAGAGCUAUUGAUAGGAAUAAAAAGACAUAAGGAUGAUGAGAACAUUGCUCUUUCCGAGAAUUGUAAUGCUAUUCUCCAAAAUAAACUCCCACCUAAGCUAAAAGAUCCAAGUGCUUUUACUAUUCCUUGUUCCAUUGAACCGGUAGAUAUUGGUCGAGCUUUAUGUGAUUUAGGGGCAAGUAUCAACUUGAUUCCCCUCUCAAUGAUGAAGAAGCUAGGAUGUGGUGAGCCAAAACCAACAAGAAUGACCCUCACUCUAGCUAAACGGUCAAUCUCUUAUCCUUUCGGUGUGUUUGAGGAUGUGCUAGUUAAGGUUAAUGAGCUAGUGUUUCCUGCUGAUUUUGUAAUCUUAGAUAUGGCUGAAGAUGAAUAUAUGCUACUCAUUCUAGGAAGACCUUUCCUUGCAACAGGUUGUGCUUUGAUUGAUGUUGAAAUGGGGAUAGUUGAAGACAAUUCCUGUGAACCUCAACCAACACAACCUUUGGAGAAGACCAUUGUUAAUUCUAUAAAUGGUUGUGAUCAUGAUGAAGACCUUGAGGUUAAGGAAUGUGUCAAACAACUAGAGGCAAGCAAGCAAGAGGUAGAACUGGUAAAAAUUGAAGAGAUCGUUGGUGAAAACCUUAUAGGGACGCAAACUUUGAGCAAGGAGGAAGAAAAAAAUCCAGAAUUAGAAGAGCUUCAUGCGCACUUGAAGUAUGUCUUUCUUAGCAAGGAUGAGGGUGUUAAGGGACAACCAAAGAGCUUUGAGAUGGAAAAUUUCUGA